GCGGUCUGGUGUAGGCUGCAGUCUGUGCGUGCAUGUAUGUGUGUGUGUGCGUUAAAGUGUGUGUGUGUGUUUUCAUCUGAACGAGGUAGAAGGAGAGGAAGGGGCUCCUGCGCUUCCCUUCCCCAAUAGAGAGAGAGAGAGAGAGAGAGAAAGAGAGAGAGAAAAGUUUGGUCUUGUUCUCCCCUUCACUCUUUUUUUUAGGCAUGAACGCGGAGACCUGCGUUUCAUACAGCGAUAUGACAUCCAUGGAUUCAUAUUAUAGCCCCUCUGCUGCGCAAGGUAGGGAUCACCAGACGGACCACUUUAGGACAUUCCCAGCUACUGACACCAAAUACAGCCCCACUGCCUUCCUGCCCAACAAAGGUCAGGCUUACGGAGAAAAGUCCCGGAGCCCCUUCCAGCAGGAGUGCCAGUCAUUGGAUGCCGCCGCAGCUGGGCAAGGCACUUUCAGCAAAUACCACCUCUUCAUGCAGAGGUCUUCUUGCAAAACACCCCCCGAGGAGGACAAACUGCACCAGGAGAGGGGACACAACGGAGCGCUCAUCCCGUGCUAUGGUAAAGACAGUUCAGGUCUGACUGACUCUGAUUUGGGCCCCGACUCUGACCCACCUGGGAUGGACGGCAGAUACCUGGCUGUGAAGGAUCAGGGCGUCAAGGCGGCCUCCGAUCGGCCGCCGGGCAGUGACUUAGCGAGCCCCAUGGACAAGGCUGACGGUGGCGAGAGCAACAAAGGCAAGAAGAGACGCAACCGCACCACCUUCACGAGCUACCAGCUGGAGGAGCUGGAGAAGGUGUUCCAGAAAACACACUAUCCUGAUGUUUACGCUCGAGAGCAGCUGGCGCUGAGGACCGACCUGACUGAAGCCCGAGUGCAGGUGUGGUUCCAGAACCGAAGAGCCAAGUGGAGGAAGAGGGAGCGCUUCGGUCAGAUGCAGCAGGUCCGGACACACUUCUCAACGGCCUACGACCUGCCGAUCCUCACGCGUCCUGAGAGCUACGCACAGAUUCAGAACCCUUCCUGGAUCGGCGGCAGCAGUGCGGCGUCUCCCGUGCCGGGCUGCGUGGUGCCCUGCGACACCGUGACUCCCUGCAUGACGCCUCACCCCCACUCUGCCAGCGGGGUGUCCGAUUUUCUGGGCGUACCGAGUCCCGGAGGCCACAUGGGACAAGCCCACAUGGGCAGCCUGUUCGGAGGAUCCCCCGGCAUGGCCACAGGCAUCAACACGUACGAUCUCAACAUGGACCCGGACCGCAAGUCCUCCAGCAUCGCCGCUCUGCGCAUGAAAGCCAAAGAGCACAGUGCAGCCAUAUCCUGGGCCACAUGAUGUGCUGAUCCGUGCUGGAUGGGGGGGCGGGGGGCGCCUCAAACGUCUAAACAAACCCAGUGCGGGUUGAGGAGGCACUAAAAUCAGAACUCUAAAGGCAACAGUGACUACCUUCAAAAAUGCUGCAAUAAAAAGAUUAUGUAAAGAAAAAGAAAAAAGAAAAAAAAGAUUUGGCAGAACAAGCGGCGCCGUGUUUGUCGGAGCCUCUGGUGGGAGAAAGCAGCCGGCGGAGCUCCGUGGACGCCUGGUGGGAGGCGAUGCUGUGGAGCAGGAGGUGCCGUAGUACUGAAGAAAAGUUUAAUUAUUUCAAACAAAUCCAUGCACUUAUUUGCUAAAGGACGGAGAAUUCUGUUUGUACAGUGCUUUCAGUGUCUGGUGCUGUUUUAUUCUUACCUUGUUAUUUAAAUUUAAAGUGUUGUUGUUUUUUUCUCCCUCCAGUCAUUUUAUUGGUGGGUUUUGAUUUUACAAAUAGUUCAGCAGGCGUCCUUAAAACUAAAAAAAACAAAAAAAAGAAUUCAGAUUUUGUUAUUUCACGCCACCUACGUAUUACUCGAAGCCGGAGAUUUGUCAGCGUUAGCACGUGUUUAGCUUAAGUCAUGCUGGUGUGAAGAUAAAGCCUCAGAGAAGCGUCCAGCGCGUCCGUCACAUGGAGACGCUGCUCGUUCCCAAACGGUAAAAUAAACAACUCCGGGUGUGUAUUUCAGAAGCUACAGAACUUAGAAGUGGUUCUGCCCUCUAGCAUUUACAAGCCAAACAGACGGAAAGUGGUUUGCUUUAAGAUCCACCUGCCUGGACCCGCCGAUGCCCAGAGAGAGAGAGAGCAGGAGAUGGAGGAGGAAGUGGUGUGUGGGAGUAUGAGAGGCGCCCAGCAGGCCUGCUGCUCUCAGGGCUGGAGAGCCUGGGAGCGCCAACCUCCAAACAGACGCAGCUCUGUUUUCAGGAGGAAAGGCUCCAAGUGGACAUGGCUGUGGCCCUUUGCGCUCCGAGUCUCACAGGUUUCAGAGAGAGAAGUGCCUACCAGUCAGUCAGACCGCCAGCAAUAACAGAGAAACCAGCAGAAGCCUCUUUUGAAACAGAGACGGCCGGUGGAGAUUACACGGAGUGUGUUGACACUGAAAGGAUGUCAGUGUUCAACAGCCUUCUCUGGACUUCAGCACGGCUGUGUUUGGCUGUAGAACCUCAGCGGUCCAGAAGCAGCACCGGCACACACGUCCUGGUGUUCCCUCUCUGUUUGUCAUCAUUUCAGAUGAAUGCAGAGGAACCUCCAUCAGUGUCUUUAAGGUUUUAAUGUGGCUCCAUGGACGAUUCAGGGCAGCAAGCAGAAGAAACUAUCAGCUUCAUCCUCCAUCUUCAGACACUCAAGUCCCGUAAGACCACAAGGAACAUGCUUCUGUUCUCCACAGUAACGACUUCCACGUCUCGAGGGAGUUUCAGAGGUAGCAGCAGAGAAAGAGUAAAGCUUCACUCCUGGAAAACUCCCAGAUCCACCGUGUGUGAGUGAGUUCAGCUGACCGGCAGCACCAGAGUGCAAUAUUAACCGGGUUCUGCAUUAUUCUGUAAUCACGGUUUCAGAAAGGCCACGAGUCAACAUGUAGCCCGAAAGUUUACAUGUUGGACUUUAUAUUAUAAAACAACAGCUGCCAUGUGGAAAACUCUGUCUCCUGGCAUGUAAUAAGUCUGUCCUGUGUGGUGAGCGGUACCGGCUACAGGGGCCCAAACAGUUUUCCACCAAGUCCCCCAGAAUCUAAAAACACUAAAAGGUUCCCAGUUAAAUCGGUUAAAGCCUGAAGGAAAAUACACGCAGUGAUUUUGUACCUGAUUUUCAGCGUAGAGACAAAAGCCAGGGCCCAAAAUCAUUCACGUUUUUGGCCCGAUUUUUUUGUAAAAUUACUAACAUACCGAGAUAAAGCAAGGAGAUGAAUCAUCCUCCCUGUUUCCACUCUUUCUACAGCCUCUGCUCCCCGUUCAGCUUCAUCAGGGUUUAUACAACAUCCGUUAGUGACGGAAACAGCAGAUGAGGUUUACCACUGCGGUGCCGUGAGGUUGUGCACGUUUUCCUUUGUUUGCUGAGCCGGAUUCAGGCCUAAAGCACAACACAGAGCUCCGUGGUCACAGAACCCGAUACCGUGGAGUACACCUUGAGGCAGAGCAACCAUUGCUAAUUCCUUAAACUGAACCACAUUCACUGUCCUCCUAAGAGAAGCAAGGAGCAGGCUACGAUCUGUCAGCAGAGCAGAUCACCCCCAAGUCACCCAAAUCACAUCCAGUUUUCACUCCCCGGCCCAAACGCCAGGCAUGUGCACACACAGAGGACACGUCUCGGCACCGAGAGGGUAUCCUUGCGAAUGUGAACAUGGGGCCCCCUGUGCUCCGGCCGAGGGGUUGGACGGAGGGCGAGCUGUGAGGGCGUCUGCUGUGUUCCGGUGUUCUGGGAAAAGGACAGUGCACACAGCUGCGCUCAGGGGGUAAAUGCAAAACAAACAUGCCUCACACAUGCUUCCCUCUCAGCUGUCAUGGCUCUGCUUUCAAAGAUUCAUCCCCCCAUCACACACACACAUUGCACUGUGCCUCUCCCUUCGCCUGCGUCCACCAGGCCAAAGCUGCAGCCGACGGGCCCGAAGCGCAGCCGCACGGCCGACCCAGGAAGGCUUUUUAAUUAACGCUGAGCUAUGUGGAGGCUGAGGGCUGCAGGAUUGUGUGUCAGGAUGGACGGGACCGUCUGUCCGACAUCGAGCUGCUCAGGUUCACAGACGACAAACCGACUGUUUUCAGUGUCUUCUGCACAUUUAAGGUUCAUUGUUCUCAGAUUCUGAUCUUCAGCUUUCAGAAACCAUGAAUGCGCCCCUUAAAACCCCUGGAGUCACCAGCCCCAGCAUCACCAGGACUGUUCUCACAAGACCAGCUUUACAAUUAAAAAAAAACAAACAAAAAAAAAAACUCUCGAGUGAUGAUGUCAUUGUCCACUUUUUUUCAUUUUCUAAUACUACUGAAGUCAGGCAAUCAGUAAAGGAGUAACUAGGUGUUAUAUGUGUGCUGUUGUGUGCGUGUACAGUUUUGUGCAUGCAGAAAUGAUUGAAGUGUCAGAAGACUCUUACUAAUUUGAUGCUCUGUUUAAUUUUUGAGGCAAUUUAUCACGUUUUUGAGUUUAUCGUUUUCUUAAAUUUGGUGAUGUACGUUAUAAUUGUAUUUCCAGCGAUGUGUUUGAACAUCGUUUCUCCUUUGACAUGUAAUUCUUUUAAAGUUUUUUUAAUGUUUGUGUGGCUUUAAGCUGUCUUUUGAAAUGAGAGUAUGAAUUUACUCGUGCUUGUGUUACGGUUUGUGUGAUUAAAGUUCAAUAAGUUAUUGCAA